UUUCUUUAACUGUUGAACUGUUAUAUCACCAAAUGGUACAUGGUAGACAAAAAAUAGAUGGCACUUUUAAACCGAUUGUGUGUUGGGGAUUUGAUCCAUUCUGCAAACAACAAAUUGGUACAUCUGGUACAACUUUUACUUCACAUAAUUGAGGAGACUGCUUCACAUGGUUAACAUGGCAGCGAGACUUCAUCAAAAAGUUGCCAAGAACAACACUGAACUCUGCAAGCAAAUGACAGCGAUUCUGCAAAGUCCCAUUGGAGCCAUCCAGGUCUCCGGCUGUGAUGAAGGCAUUCACUCCAUACAGCUCCAAGAGAGUUUUGUACCAAAGGACAGGACAAGAGUGGCCUCAUUUAGUUGCGAGCUGUGUGAAUGCCAAGAGGAAAUGACCGCACCAGUGAAACACUGCAUGACCUGGCUUCGGGCCUACUUCUGUGAACCUCGGACAACGGGAAAACUUCCUCUCCCUGCCUUUCAUCAUCCCAUUUUUCAGCAAGCUACCUUCACCUGCAAAGUGCUGAGGACCCUGCUGAAUGACGUGGAAUUUGGAGAAAUGGCUUCCUACAAGCAGCUAGCAACACUUGCAGGCAAUUCCAAAGCUGCGAGAGCAGUAGGAGGAGCGAUGAGAAGUAACCCUGUGCCGAUUAUCGUGCCCUGUCACAGGGUGAUCUGCAGCAAUGGACAGAUUGGUAAUUAUAUGGGAGGAAGAGGAAAUCACCUCAAACAAUGGCUACUGACACAUGAGAAGCUUCUGAAAGAGAGCCGAGAAACAUCUCGGUGACUUUGUCCAAUGCUGCCACACAGCUAGAAACGUAUGCCAACAACAUGCAGAAUAAAGCAAGCCCUUAACACUUCCACUAUUAUUUUGGGAAUUUCUAAACAGUGAUUUUAAAACGGAUAAAAGAAACUUGAGAGUGUUAUGCGUGGUGGCAACACUACUAUAUUAAAAAGGGCUGGAUACAUCCUGAGGGACCCUGGCCUUUCUUGUUUUUACAUUUUACAGAAGAAUGAAUACAUAGAACUGUGUGCAUGUUGUGUAUGUAUUUUGUUUCCAUCUACAAGCUUUUUUUGUUCUAUUUUUAAUGCCCAUUAAAGCAAGGAUAAGGGAGUGGGAGGAGCAUGGCAAAUGUUAGGUGCAACUGCCCCUCUGAGGAAGCAUCUGGCUCACAGAGGGGACAGACGACAGUCUGAUGCUCGCGUGUUACUGGGAGCAAAAUUAAAUCCCGAGGCUUCAGCACACACCUCUUUAUUCCUGCACCGUAUUGUAUUUGACCAGCACGGAAAGCUGAACCUCAGCCAGAUGAGUGUCAAUGAGUGCCCUGUCCUCUUUGAUGUUUGAGCUACUGAAAUAAUCUUUCUCAUAAACACUUUUCAAUGUUUUUGUGACUAUUUUGCGCAUAGGAAGCAUUUUGUACAUGCUGUCUUUCAGAAGAAUGUCUGUCACGGCUACACCAUUGUUUUUGUUUUCAGUUUGAAAUAUAUUUUCCAAAUCUCAAAAAAGGCAUCAUUUAUAUAUUGGGUAUUUAUUUUCAGCAGAGUCAUAAUGCUAUAUGUUCUUAUCUUUUCAGAAGCGGCUAAAUAUGUAAAACUUUCUUUUGAGUAGCCAAUUUUGUUUGAAACACACACUAUCUGCACAGCGAAUUAGGUAUGGGAACAAGUUCCUGGCAGUUUAAGGACAAGAGAUUUUACAUGUUUUAAUUAGCAAGAAGACAAAUUACUUCAAUUGUAUUAAUGGAGUAUUGUCAAUGCUGUUGAUUUGGGGGUCAAAGGCUUAAUCACGGACCUACACUUUACCUCAAUUGAUAAUGUCUUUGUCACCCACAUGCUUUCAUUCAUAGAACUGGGUAAAUAAUUUGUAUGUUUUAGUUUACAGUUGUCUUAUGCAUUCUUUCCCCUUGGAAAUUAUUUUAUUGGCUAGAUGAUUAGAUUGUGGAGAGGGAGCUCGCACUGGUACUUUCUUUUCCCACUGAAGACAUUGUUUGAGCAACGACAGUUAUCCUGCCUGGGGGAAGAUGAAUUUUUCUGCCCUUUCAUGCUCCCAUUUGCUCUCAUUGUUAGUCAAUGUGGGCACAUGCAAGGAUUUCACAUAAUUAGUUUAUUCUAUAUUCAUAAAAAAGGAAGAUUUUAAAAAAAAAAAAAUCUUCAUUCCAGACAUAUUUUAUUUUAAUAAUCCGCGUGGCGUUGUGUGAGUACAAAUUGUGUUCGAUGUGAUUAAUCAUAGAAUAAUCAAUUAAAGGUCGCAAACUGCCACAAUUUUUCACAAACAGGUACCUCUUUCGUAAGAACAUUAAAGUCGUAGUGAGAAUAAAAGAGAGGGGGGGGGGGGAUGGGUGUCAGAUAAAUUACAUAUUACAUUGGAGCUGCCACACAAUUGAUACAAUGGGAUUUCCGGCUAUUACACAGAUCAAAAAUGAUAGCCGUUAAAUCAUAUCAGAACAAGAUACCUGUGCUAUAAUACCCACAAAUGUGUUCUCACAUGGGGUUAGAAUAUAGCUCUCGGCAUGAUCCCUAACUUUUUCACGUUAGGUGUAAGGUUGUACAUUUAUCGGACAUUCAUUUUGGCAUGUCUCUGGCAAUAAUAUCAUGGAUUUACUUUCCGUGAUGUUGGCUUUAAGAAACUAAAUGAUAGUGAAUUGCCAGCAAAAUUAAUAAUUACAAAGUAUAUCAGUUUUCUUUCCAACGAACACCAACAUUAUGAACACCUGUGUCACACAGAUUAUUGAAAUACUAAAUUUUUUAUCAAUUCAAAAUAUUUUGCACACUUUUUUAUGGAUGUUGAAGGGACUUCUGGAAUUGAGGUUUGGAUGGCGUGGUUUUUUAUUCCAGUUUGAUGACUUUUUUUAGUUGCCCAUCACUCUUUAUGCAAAUCAUUAUGAAUCCCGAUAUUUGCUAUGUUCUUAUUUGUCAUGUGACUUCCUUGAUAUUGAUCAUUUAAUUUUUAUUGGGACAUAUUUUCCUUCCAUAAUAAAUGCAAGAUAAUUCAUUAGAACAGUUUCUAUAAAUAAAAGAUGGAUCUGA